CUGCCCCCCUAAAGACGGGAUGGAAGAAGGGACACACGCAGCAUGGGGACCAGGUGGGAUCUGAGAGAGGUUGCAGGCUGCUUGAUGGUGUAUGCAGAGCCUGACUCUUGUUUCCAGGGAUGUCUGGAGCUGUGAAGGUGAGUGUCUUAUCUCUUGCCAGGGUGGGUGUAUGGGGGGCUCGGGUGUUGUUGGUCAAUGUCAGGCUCUCUUUGUGGGGGAGGGAGGUGUUGGUCGGUGUAAGGGUCUCUCCAUGGGGGGGGCAAAUUUUGUGUUG